UUCAAUCAGCACUGAUGAAGCACUUUAAGUGUCUGUGGAUCUUGCUGGGCGUUUUAUGGAUUGAGGUUAUGGCGAAUGGACAAGAAGAGAACGCAGCACUGUGGGGCAAAACUAGUCAGUCAUCAAUUUACUUAGACUCUGUACCUGAAUUUGCUCUUGAUGGAUUGUUAAACUCCUGGACCCACACUAACACUGAGACCGACCCGUGGUGGAGAGUGGAUCUGCUGAAGGUUUACAGAGUGAACAGAGUCACCAUCACUAACAGACCGACUCAUGGCUGGAGGAUUAACGGGGCGGUGAUUCGUAUCGGGAACUUCCUUGACAUUUACAACAACACUGUAUGCGCUACAAUUUCUACUCUUGCGGACGGUGCUACAGACACUUUCUCAUGCGGUGGGAUGAAGGGACGUUAUAUGAUUGUUCAUAUACCUGGAGAUCAGAAGAUUCUUAGUCUUAGUGAAAUUGGAGUCUAUGGGUAUUUGGCAGGAAAUAUGGCAGUGGAUGGAGCUGCUACACAGUCAUCAACAUUUAUGAGCUGGUUUGCUGAAAAGGCCAUUGAUAGUAAUCGAGGUCUCCAGAAGAAUACGUCAUGCUCGUCAACCCUUAAUGAGACUAACCCGUGGUGGAGGCUGGAUCUGCGUGAUGUGUACAAAAUUAGGAAAGUGGUCGUCACUAACAGAAACGACUGCUGUCCAGAACAAAUAAACGGAGCGGAGAUUCGCAUCGGAAACUCCUUGGAGAACAACGGCAAUGACAAUCCCAUAUGUGCUGUUAUUCCUGCUAUUCCAGCAGGUGAGUCCUACAACUACUCAUGCAGUGGGAUGGAGGGACGUUAUGUGAAUCUGAUCAUUCCUGGAGACAUGAAGAUACUCACUCUGUGUGAGGUGGAGGUUUAUGGACAAGCUUUAUUUCCAAGAAAUGUGGCAGUGGAUGGAGCCGCUACACAGUCAUCAGUGUAUAUGGACUGGUUUGCUGAAAAGGCCAUUGAUAGUAAUCGAGGUCUCCAGCAGUAUCCGUUAUGCUCAUCAACCAAUCAUGAGACUAAUCCGUGGUGGAGGCUGGAUCUGCGUGAUGUGUACAAAAUUAGUAAAGUGGUCGUCACUAACAGAAACGACUGCUGUGCAGAACAAAUAAACGGAGCGGAGAUUCACAUCGGAAACUCUUUGGAGAACAAUGGCAAUGACAAUCCCAUAUGUGCUGUUAUUCCUGCUAUUCCAGCAGGUGAGUCCUACAACUACUCAUGCGGUGGGAUGGAGGGACGUUAUGUGAAUCUGAUCAUUCCUGGAGACAUGAAGAUACUCACUCUGUGUGAGGUGGAGGUUUAUGGACAAGUUUUAAAAAGAUCAUUUGUAAAGAUGCAGUUUAACUCCAGAGUUGAUUUAACUGACCCUUCAGUGAGAGAAAAUGUUCUGAAACAGUUGGGAUCUGUUCUGGCUGACAGAGGAUUCAAAACGUGACUCUACAUUGGUCUCAAACCCCUAAACGGGUGAUCCAGAAGGUGAAUGCUGAUAAAAGUCAUUGUGGCAAUGGAAAAUAACACACUGGAAAUCAACACUGUCUUUAUCUGACUACUAGUUAAAGACAUUAAUUCUGAUUCUAAAUGCACUGCCUGGAAUUUCUUUAUAAUUAUGCUUAAAAU